UCGCCUCUCGCUUCCAGGAGCCGGUGUCUGACGGAGGCGUUUUGUCUGAACACCGCGUAGUCUUGCGCACGACCUCGAUUCUCUUACUCGUCUGUUUACAAAACAUCGCUGGGAACAGAUUAUUUUUUUUUAUUAUUAUUUUUUUUUUAUUUAAACGCGAACUGGCACUGCUGUGGCUUUCUAUUUCCCUUCCCCUUGGACCAUAAUAAGGGGUUUUGUUAUUGUUUUGUUUUUUUUCUUCCAUCCUGGAUGAAAGGAUCCCUACCGCAUUUUUUUUGUUCUUCCAACGUGGACUUUAUUAAUAAUAAUAAUAAUAAUAAUACGAAGAAGAAGAAGAAGCGGCAUUAAGUCUGGGAGUGCUGCUGGAGCAAACGCGUCUGAAAGAAAGAAAGAAAGAAAAGAAAACUCCGUGGUGGAUAUUUUCUGAAAGGAAUGCUGCUCUCCAAGCUCAAUUCUCUGGCCCACAUCUCCGCAGAUAUGCCGGCGAAAAUCCAGCUCCAAGUUCAUCAAGUGAAAGAGAGGGAACCCUUUGAGAAGCUGUACCAGGUCGGUGCGGUGCUGGGAAGCGGCGGCUUUGGCACCGUCUACUCCGGCACCAGGAUAUCCGACGGAGCUCCGGUCGCUGUCAAACACGUAGCCAAGGACAGAGUCUCGGAGUGGGGAGAGCUGCCCGGUGGCUCCAGGGUCCCCAUGGAGAUCGUGUUGCUGAAGAAGGUCGGGACGGGCUUCCGCGGCGUCAUCAAGAUGCUGGACUGGUUCGAGCGCCCGGACAGCUUCAUCAUCGUGAUGGAGCGGCCCGAGACCGUCAAGGACCUGUUCGACUUCAUCACGGAGAAGGGCGCACUGCCGGAGGAGCUGGCGCGCAGCUUCUUCCGCCAGGUGCUGGAGGCGGUGCGCCACUGCCACAGCUGCGGCGUGGUGCACCGGGACAUCAAGGACGAGAACAUCCUCAUCGACCUGCGCACCGGGGAGAUGAAGCUCAUCGACUUCGGCUCCGGGGCCCUGCUCAAGGACACCAUCUACACGGACUUUGACGGAACCAGAGUGUACAGCCCUCCAGAGUGGAUUAAGUUCCAUCGCUACCACGGCCGCUCCGCCACAGUCUGGUCCCUGGGCGUCCUGCUGUACGACAUGGUGUGCGGGGACAUCCCGUUCGAGCACGACGAGGAGAUCACGAGAGGGCAGGUGCUCUUCCGGAGGAGAAUCUCUGCAGAGUGCCAGCAGCUGAUCAAAUGGUGCCUGUCCCUGCGGCCGGCCGACCGCCCGUCCUUCGAGGACAUCGUCAACCACUCGUGGAUGCAGAGCACGUCCUCCUCGGUCGUGCCGUCCACGGUGCAGACGGACAAGACCACCGCCGAGAUCCGGCUGCACAGCAUCGGCCACGAGCCCACGGCCUUCACGCCCACCGCGGUGGCCGUGGCUCGGUGACGGGCGUCGGCGCCGCCGCCGGUCUGGACUGCACUGACACGAGAGCGAGAGACGAUUACAAAAGACUUUAUGUAACGGACUUGAAGCCGAGAGGAGAAGAAGGGGGAGGGGGGGGGCACGCCAGCACGAGGUGUAGACGGGCAUGAAAACAACCGUGUGUUUUCAGCCUGGGCGGACGGGCCGGACCGAACCGGACCCCCCACCCUCUCACUCCACCCUCAACUACUUGAUUACUACCACAGCCAGUCAGUGUCGCAACAUCCGCAUCGGCCGGACUCUGACCUGGGGUGUUGGUCUGUUUUGUGGGAGGGGCCCUGCUUGCAUGUGCGCGCGCGCGCGCAAGAAGUGUGUGGUGUUUCGAGUGUGUGUUUGCGGCGUGUGUGCAGAGACACCUGCACCGAGCAAACAGAGCCCAUGUGCCGCGUGUCCCCGGUCGGGACAGCGGGGAGAAGAGGACAAGUCGGCGUUAUGUAACCUCUCAUAACCGCUCUGUACUCUGCCCAGAGAGAGGGAGGGAGGGAGGGGCGGAGGCGGAGGGGAAGCUUGACUUUCAAAAGAAACGACAACAACAACAACAAUGAAAAAAAAAAAAAAAACAGUGCCUUCUGUGAGAUUGUUGGGAGAGUGGUGCCUGAAAAUACUUGAAUUUUGCGAAGGCAAAGGAAAAAAAGGUUCCCUCGAUCCUUUUCUAUUUUGCUCCUUACUCUGUACAAGGCUUUAUAUUGUUUGCUGUUUUUUUAUUUUAUUUUUUAUUUUUUUUUAUUUCUUCCUCUCAUGGGCCUAGAUCAGUAAAGCCCAUGUCAUUCACAACCACUACUAUCACUACUACUACUACUACUACUACUACUCUAAUGUCAUUAGCAACCAGACAACCUCAUAGCUGCAGCAGCAACCUGUGCAAACAAGUCAUAAAAAAAAGGCAAAAAAAAAAAAAAAGAAACACUGGACUUACCUCACCCUCUUUACUACAGCGCCCACCUCUACUCUAUUUUACUCGACUCUACUCGACUCUACAACCGCUUCCUCCUCUUCUCGUGUUGUACUGUAUACAAACACAAGGCGUAGGCAACCUCUCAUUCACAUCCACCUGAACGCACACCACAAUGCAAACUUACCAAACCAUACAACAUCCUCUGCUCUUCUUCUACUCUUUUUUUUAAAAAAACUUUUUUAACAGUGCCUCAUACAGAUCUUAAAAAAUUCUUCUUCUUCUGGGACAAGAAUUGUAAAUAAGAAUGAUAUUUAUUAUUACUUCCUUGUCAAAGUCUUUUUUUUUUUUUCUUUUUGUCGCAGAAUUUAUUUAUUUAUUUAUCUAUAAGAGAAUUUCGGCUGUUCACACACGUGUAUAUAUAUGUAUCUAUACGCGUAUAGAUACAUAUAUAUAAAUCAUUCCACAGUCACCGAAGGGCCCACAAAUUAUUUAAAAGAAAGACAAAGAUGCGUUUUUUUCUGUUUCUUUUCAGCUUUUUUUUUUUCUCCUUAGCAUAUUUAUGGCUUGAACUUAUUAUUAUUAUUAUUUUUAUUUUAUUUUUUUUUUUUAAAAGAGCAGACGUGUGUGCGUGUGUGUGUUUGUGUACGUCGUGUAAAUAACGUGUAAAUAGUCCCAACAGCACUUCCAUCUUAAUGUAUGUAAAACAUCCGACGUCUACUGCUGGUAACUGGUCUUGUUACGCCCGCGUGAGUGAAUGGUGUGUGUGUGUGUGUGUGUGUGUGUGUGUGUGUGUGUGUGUGUGUGUGUGUGUGACCGGGAAUGAGAAACUCCUCCGGCUGCAUGAUCGCAGCUUUGGAUUGUUGUUUUGUUUUGCAAGAAUUAGAAUUGUAAAUUAUGCUAGAAACUAUUUUUAUAAGAUUUCAAUAAAUAUUUUUUUAACAAUGA